UCCCCAACUCUUGCCCCUCCCAUCCCUCUCCCUCCCCAAUACGGACUACUAGUCACCAUCUUCCGCCUGGUCUUCCCUCCUCCUGGAUCCAGAGUGUGGGUGGGAGGGUAGAAUAUUUUGUAGGACUAGUCCCCGCGCUACAGAGAACGAACAUCCUUUUUGGCUGAGCAGCAGGGACACACCGCGCCACCCGAGCCAGGGCUGGUCCAGCAGCGGGAAGGGAAAGUCGGUCCCAACUACUUUCCAUCUCUCUUCUACACAGUAACAGGAUGCUGGACACCCUGUAUAAGUCAUUUUGGACGACUGAGUACUGGCUCCCCCCUGGGUACACAUGGGCUGACUUGGAAGAUUCAGAUGGCAUCAUAUAUCCUCAUCCCAGGGACCUGCUGGCAGCUAUUCCACUGACAUUUGUCUUAACAGUCAUUAGAUAUAGCUUUGAAAGGUUCAUAGGGCUGCCCUUGAGCAGAGCCAUGGGUGUGCAUAAUCCUAUCCGGAUCAAGGCUACUCCCAACCCCAUCCUGGAAUCAUUUUUCCAGAAUCAGAGUAAGAAUCCCCAAAAGGAUAAAGUGAGUCACCUGGCCAGACAGUGUGGCCUCUCUACGAGGCAAGCCCAGCGUUGGUUUCGACACCGGAGAAACCAAGAGCAGCCAUUAAUUAGCAAGAAAUUCUCUGAAUCCUGGUGAG